UUAUAUAUUAGUAAGGAUAAGGAUAAGUAUAAGAAUAAAGUAAAACGCUCAAGUAAAUAAGCAAUAUAAUUUACAUUCUUACAUUCGAACAUAUUCACAUUUCUAUUAAAUAUCAUGUAAAAUAUAAUGUACAUGAAUAUAAAUGCUUUCAACAAUUAUUAAACUGUAACAAAACAAUAAAAAUUUAAAAUAUUAAAUAUCAAUCAAUUUCUACUACGUGAUAACCCUUGUACUGACGUGACAACUUAAUACUUGCAUAGUGACAUAUUUAAAGUAGCCCACACCAUUUCAAUCCUCAGAAGUCUGCAUUCUAGCAAGCUAUCAACCCUAACUCGAUCCAAAUAAAUAUGGAUGUCCCGGUAUACGAAGAGUUCGUGAAACGAAUAAAAUUCAACCUAUGGGUCGCAGGGAUACCCUAUGGUGAUCCUAAGGUCUACUUUCGAUUUUACAUCUCAUACGUCACACUACAAAUCAUGAUUGGUCUAGAAUUGACGUAUUUUGUGUCUAAAAUUUCAUCAGAAAACGCUCUCGAGCUUUCCCAGUUAGCCCCCUGUAUUUGCGUGGGGGUAUUAACGGUUUUAAAAAUAACAGCCAUAACGUGGAAGAGGAAAACGAUUUAUAAACUAACCGAAUGCCUUAGUCAGCUGCAUGGGAAAAUACUGAAAGAUGAUCAGAAGAAAAAUCUUGUGAAGAAGAAUCUGAUCCUGCUAAACGUGUUCAUUAAAUACUUUUUGGUACUGAACGCAGUUCUGAUUUCAGUUUAUAAUUUUUCGACGCUGAUUAUCAUGACUUAUCAUUAUUUUGCGAAUAACGAAGUCAUUUUUCCUUUGCCAUACCCAGUGUAUGUACCAUUUGCUACGGAUUCUUGGUUGCCGUGGACAGUUGUUUACGUCUAUUCAGUCAUCUGUGGGUUUACUUGUGUGCUUUUUUACACGAUAGUGGAUGGGCUGUACUUUGUGCUAACAUCCCAUAUUUGUGGAAACUUCAGUAUUAUAAGCGACCGAAUAAAAUGUUUGGAUGUAUCGAGUAUGGAUAACUUGAAGGAAAUAAUUAAAGACCACCAAUAUAUAUUGAGACUGGCUGAAGAUUUAGAAGAUAUUUUCACAGCGCCAAAUCUUUUCAACGUGUUGUUUGGAUCUCUUGAGAUUUGUGCGCUUGGAUUUAAUAUAACCAUUGGAAGUUGGGGCCAAACUCCAGCAUGCCUCCUGUUCCUUUCGUCUGUUUUGCUGCAAAUUCUUAUGAUGAGCGUCUUUGGCGAAAACAUUAUAAGAGAGAGUAGCAAUAUUGGCGAUUCAGCUUUUUUAUGUAACUGGUAUAAUAUGGAUGAGAAAACUAAGAAAUUGAUUUUGAUGAUAAUAGUAAGGUCCAAAAAGCCUGCAAGAUUGACAGCCUACAAAUUUUCUGUGAUUAGUUAUGAGAGCUUCACAAAGAUCCUGAGCACAUCGUGGUCAUACCUCACGAUUCUAAGAACAAUGUACGCGCCAGCUGAAGUGAAUCGUUCUGGCUAAACGCGAGUGCUGGACAAUCAGUCAAUCAAUCAAGCAAAAACAAUCAAUCAAUCUGUCAAUUAAAUCGCGUAUCGCGGUCCACUUCUGGACAAAGACUGCCUCUAAGUUGUACAACAACAGACGGUCGUCUAUGUCCAGUCCACCUUAUUUUAGCAAGACAUAAUUACACUUCAUAGUCACUUAUUACGUACUAUAACAAAUCGAGAAUAAACCAUUAUUCAUAGAAAAACGCUAGUAUUUUUUCCUAGUUUUUACCUAGUUUCAUUAACGUGUUGAUUAAAUGUUUGUCUUAUAAAAACAUAUAACUAAAGCUAAUAUCUAAUAUUAUUUUUUAUCAUGCUUUAAAACAUUCGUCGUUUUAGGAAAUCCGUACGCAAUCAUUCUUCUUUGUGUAGCAAUCGAGGUAGAUAAACACUGAGUUGUAAUAGCUAGGGCCUUUGAAGAGAUCUUACAUUGACCAUGCUCUUCGAGACGAUUUUUGCUGGACACGUUUUCUUUUUCUCGUAUUUUUUUCCGGAAAGAGGCCUCCGUUAAUUGGACUACUUGUAUUAGAGGACAGAUUCUUUUUUACUAUGUGUAUGUGACAUGAUAUUAAUCUCCAUUUAUUUAUAGAAGUACUGACCUAAUUUAGAACGGUUCCAAACUUAAUAAUCUAAUUAUUGCAAGAUUUCUUUCCAAGUAACAAAAAAAUCUUUCGACAACUCUAAGAUGCGUCAAAUUUGUUCGCAACACAUGUGAGCCAUAUAGUGGAUAAGUCAUUCAAUGUAUGGAAUAAUGAAAACACAGUAUCGAGUGAUGGUAUCUGCAGUAAAUAUACCAAAAAGUCGUAGUCGUUUACGAAGGAGCCGUAUCCCACGAGUAAUAAUUUAUAUGAAGAACAGGUGGGCUUAAUAUCAGCUAAUUGCUCUUUGUUUUCACAAAAUAAUGAUUUUGAGCUCAACUUUGGAACAAAUGUAAUAAAUGCCGCCUUAUGACUCGUGCGGGAAAAAAUUUUGGUUUUGAAGGAAAAUACUCGAAAUUGUACAUUUUUGAAUUAAUGAGCAAUACUUAAACGCAAAUUUUAAAUAACAAAAAAGUUUUCAAUUGGUCGUGAGUUCGCGCAUGAUUAAGUACACCGGUUGGGUCCGAAACUAGUCGGGCAAUCCCGAUAAAUACGCGUGAGUAAACCGUUGCAUUUCUAAUUUAAAACUUCCUUACAAAAGUCUGUAACCAACAUUGGUAGAGUGUUAUUAUUUAAGGAUUGCUUUUAGCUGACUUUUUCUAGGUUGGAAGACUUCUUUUAAUUUGGUACCUACAUGAUUACAAAGUUUUUUUAAAAGUGCAGGGUUUGUAAGUAUUAUCUUGGUCUGAUGUCUGACCUUCUGUUAUUUUCUGUUAUUACCUAUCUAGCAAUUUCACCAUUUUGUCGGGCGUUAUUUACGUUAGAAAGGUCGAACUUGCGUUUUUUUUUUGUUUAGGCCGGGGAAUCCUCAUGGA